CCUGUCUGCUGGUGCGUAUUCAGAACCUGGCACCGACAACGCUACAUGUGCGUAAACCGCCACAGUCCUCUGCAUCUACGCCUGCUGGCACACCUCUGGCGGACUCCGCUCUGGCACCGUUCUGGUCGGACACAGAGAUGCCCUGCUCCAACACAGUGGAAGACUUCUUUCUCAGCCAGAUGCUCUCCUCCGAUCCCCAGAUCCGAGCGGAAGCCCAUGUAAGUUUUGCAGUUUGCUGGACACUGAUAGCUGUCUUGCGUCGAAAAAACUAA